AGGGAAGGGAAUGGGAGGGGGUGGGCUUUUAUGUGCAAAUGAGGUGGUGGAAAUUGGCAGUUAAAGUUGCUUUCAAACAUGGCUAGUCAAAACCCACUACAGUGUAAAAGGGGUAAGAAAGAAAGGACUGUAAGGACAUACGAAGCUAGAGAGAGAAAGACAGAGAGAGAAGAGAGAGAGAGUUAAAAAACAUCAAGGCAAUGAGUUAAUAUUUUGACAUGGGGGCACAUUUUGGAUUUUAAUAUUUUGAUGGGUUUUGUCUUUCAUUCCUUUGCCAAAAACAGUGAAAACUCAUGAAAGUAUAGGACUUUUCAGGUCACCUUCUUCAAAUCAAAGAAGACCCUUUUUUAUUUAUUUAUUUUUUCUAUUUUUCUAUUUUUUCUAUUUUUUUUUGGCCCCUGUUCAUGGAUCCCAAGGGCUCAAAGCAACCACAGGAGGUGCCAAACUUCUUGAGCCUCCCACAGCACCAACACCAACACCAGCAGAAUCAGCAGCAACAGCAACAACAACAACAACAACAACAGCCUAACAUGGGUGAAAACAAACCUGCAGAAAUCAAAGAUUUUCAGAUUGUGAUUGCAGACAAAGAAGAAGGCAAAAAGCAGUUGGCACCAAAGAGGAGCUCAAACAAGGACAGGCACACAAAAGUUGAAGGCAGAGGGAGGAGGAUAAGGAUGCCAGCUCUAUGUGCAGCAAGGAUUUUCCAAUUAACCAGAGAAUUGGGUCACAAAUCUGAUGGGGAAACCAUACAGUGGCUGUUGCAGCAAGCAGAGCCAUCAAUAAUUGCGGCCACCGGAACAGGAACAAUUCCAGCAUCAGCUAUGGCAGCAGCGGGGUCCUCUGUAUCACAGCAGCAGGGAAACUCUCUAUCAGCUGGAUUACACCAAAAGAUUGAUGAAUUAGGGGGGUCCAGUAUUGGGUCAGGGAGUAGUAGGACCAGUUGGGCAAUGGUAGGUGGAAAUUUGGGGAGACCCCAUGUGGCCACAGGGUUAUGGCCCCCUACUGUCAGUGGGUUUGGAUUUCAGUCAUCAUCUGGUCCUUCAACAACAAAUUUGGGGAGUGAAAAUUCUAAUUACCUGCAAAAAAUCGGUUUCCCUGGGUUUGACUUGCCAGUUACCAACAUGGGUCCUAUGAGUUUUACCUCAAUUUUGGGUGGGAAUAACCAGCAGCUACCUGGGUUGGAGCUUGGGUUGUCUCAGGAUGGUCAUAUUGGGGUUUUGAACCCUGCUUUGACCCAGAUUUAUCAGCAGAUGGGGCAGCAGGCUAGAGUGCACCAGCAGCACCAGCAGCAACAGCAACAGCAACAUCAGCAUCAGCAGCAGCAUCAGCAUCAGCAACCUCCUGCUAAGGAUGAUUCUCAAGGCUCAGGGCAGUAGUUGUACUAGAUAUGGAGACUUUUUAGAUUUCAUAAAAAUUUGGGAGGAACAUGGAAAAGGUGGCAUUAUUGGGAGGCUGAGUUUCCUUUUUUUUUUUUUUUUUUUUUUUUUUUUUAAUGAUUUUUUUUCCCCUUGUAAUGGUUUUUUUGUAUUGUAUAAUUGGCCCAAAAAAAAAAAAUUGUGAGAAAAAAAGAGAUACUUCAGAGAAUUCAAUAGGGACUGGAAUUGUUUGCCCCUUCCUCUUUCUCCAUUGCAUGGUUCAUGUCUCCAUAUACAGGUGGAAUUGUGCACUGCCAUAUCGCAUCGGUUUGGGCUUAACUUCUUUAAUUCAGAGGUGUGUUGAUUAUAAUGUAAGGCAUCUUUAUUAUUUUGUGCUUCGCUAGGUCUGAUUGAGUGGUGCUCAGUUUGUUUGUGAAAUUUUAAACAUAGAGUUCCAUAGUAGUCAUACUUCAAUUUCUUCUUAUAAGAUCUAGACAUGGUAAAUUCACUAAGAUAUUUUUUAUGCAUUUCAAUGGAAAAAGAGUAAUUAUCUAAUA